CUCCCCGCGCCGUAUAAAUGCCAACAGCUGAUCGCGAGACGGCACACUCACGGGAACACCUCGCGGAAGCUGCAGAAAGAGAGAGACCGAGGGGAAGAGAGUGAGAGAAGAGAGAGAGAGGGAUACACAGAGAGAGAGAGAGAGAGAGAGGGGGGAUGCUGUUGAUCCACUCGGCCGCAGGGAGUCUUACUGUGCUCUUCUACCGACUUGAGUAAGUCGUCAUUAACGGGAACUAAGGACUACUUCUGCGGCAGGAGAGGGAAGGACAAGGUGUCCGACAUCUUUUUUGAAAAGCUUCCAAAAAUCGUCCCUCCGUUGUUUUAUUUUCUUCGCAUCCCUCCCUCCUCCUCUUCCUCCUCCUCUUCCUCCUCUUCCUCUUCUUUAAAGAGGGCUGAGAGCCGUCGCGCGCGCUGCAGGGUGUCUUCCACCGCCUCUUGUUUUGUUUUUUGUUUUUUUUUUGUUGUUGUUGUUGUUGUUUUUUGUUUAAACUGCUCACGAGCCUCUCUGCCCGCGAGCGCAGAGACCCCCGAGGCACCCCCCUCCCCUCCUCCCCUCCUCCCCCCCAGGAGGGAGCUGUCCGGUGCUGAAGUUGCAUUUCUCACCUUUUUUUUUGUUGUUGUUGCAAGGGGGACUAACGCGGGGAGACAGAAGAAAGCCAGAGAGACUGAAACUGGAAAAAAAAAGAAAUAAUAAAAUAAGCGGUCAACUAUUUUACCGGAUCAAUUCACAGCUCGCGCUUCCCUCCAAAACCCCCUGAAGACAAUCUUCCUCCCGGUUUUUCGCCUUCAUCUUGUUGGUGUGUGACGGGCGACUCACCGAGCACGCUGGCCAGGCCGUCGGCGAUCGGCUGUGUUUGUGAGUGUGUGUCGUUGUGUUUGUGACAGUGUGUGUGUGUGCGUGUGUGUGUGUGUGUGUGUGUCGGGUGUCGCACCACCAUGCCAAGGUCUUUCUUGGUGAAAAAGGUGAAAUUGGAUGAUUUCUCCACCGGGGCGGAUUUGGAGAACGCCUACCGGCACAGGACAGACCUCAGCCUGCGGCUUCAUGACAAAGCUGGUUACAUCAGCGACUACAUCAGCCCUGUUGUGUACGAUGGUGAGAGUGACAGUGGGAUCAAGGUGCCCUCACCCGACCCCCUCUAUGAUGGCAUCCACAGUGACUACGGGGCCCCUGACUCUGAAUCCCCUGACAGUCCCGGCUCAGAAAUCACUGACGGUUACAUCAACGGAGAUGCUGCUGUGAGUGAGGGUUACACAGUCGAUGCCUUCUUCAUCACCGAUGGCCGCUCGAGGAGGAAAGCUCUCAGCAGUCCCAGGACCAUCCAGAGGCACACCUGCAACGAGUGCGGCAAAACCUACGCCACGUCUUCCAACCUGAGCCGGCACAAACAGACACACCGCUCGCUGGACAGCAAGCUGGCAAAGAAAUGUCCGACCUGCGGGAAGGUGUACGUGUCCAUGCCCGCCAUGGCCAUGCACCUGCUCACUCACGACCUCAAGCACAAGUGUGAUGUGUGUGGGAAAGCGUUCAGUCGACCCUGGCUUUUACAGGGCCACAUGCGCUCUCACACGGGCGAGAAGCCGUUCGGAUGUGCCCACUGCGGGAAGGCCUUCGCAGACCGCUCGAACCUGCGCGCUCACAUGCAGACCCACUCGGCCUUCAAACACUUCAAGUGCAAACGCUGCAACAAGACCUUCGCGCUCAAGAGUUACCUGAACAAGCACUACGAGUCUGCCUGCUUCAAAGGCCCCUUCUCUCCUCUAGGUCCCCUAGAUGCAUGACCCCCCUGCAUAGAUAAAACAACUGACAAAACUGCAGACAUAAAUUAUCCUUACAGACUGACCUGCAGACACAAACAAUCUAUUUUUGGUCAGAAUAUGACCUUGCUUUCCCGCCUUCCCUUUCUCUCACUUGCCCCUUACCUUGCUUUCCCUUGGAGCCUACUCAUGAUGAUGAAGAUGACGAAGAUAGCACAAUUUUUCCUCCUUGAGAU